AUGUUUUCAUAAAUAUUCAUUCUAUCUCCAAGAGGUGACACUAUCAUCAAUAGAGAUUUCAGAUCUGAUUUACCUAAAUCAACACCUGAAACAUUCUUCAGAUAAGCCAAAACCUAUUCAGGAGAUGCUAAUCCAUUAUUUGCUGUUGAUUGCAUCCAAUUUGCUCAUAUUAAAAGAGGAGGUUCUAUUGUCAUAUUUACAUUUAGGAUUAUAUAUUGUUGGUACAUCUAGAUUCAAUUUAUAACCAGCUAUGUCAUUAGAAUUAUUGGAUCGAUUAGCUAAAGAAAUAAAAGACUUUUGUGGAGUAAUCAAUGAGGAAGUCCUUAGAAAGAAUUUUAUACUUAUUUAUGAAGUCAACAAUACUCUAUUUAUCAUAGAUUCUAGAUGAAUCAUUUGAUUUUGGGUACCCUUAACUUAUGGCUACAGAAUAAAUAAAACCACUCAUUGUGAAUGAUCCAAUUCAACCUUAACCUGAUUCUGUCAUGAAUUCUUUAAGACCAAAGAUUUAAACUUUUAACAUUUUUGUUCCAAAUACUAUUGGAAGUUAAGCAGUUUAGAGAUCGGUAUUAAACAAAAAUUAAGCAAAUGAAAUUUUUGUUGAUAUUUAUGAAAAACUUAAUGUUCUCUUUAAUUCUAGUGCAUAUGUUAUUAAUUAGAGUAUUGAAGGAUGUGUAUUAUAUUAUUAAUAAUAUAAAUAGAUUCAAAUGACAUCAUUUUUAUAAGGAAAUCCACCUCUAAAAUUAGCAUUGAAUGAAGAUUUAUAAAUUGGUAGAUAAUAAGGAUAAUAUUCAGCAGGUGUCAUAUUAGUAUAAAUUAUAUAAUAAUAUAAAGGAUGAUUGUAAUUUUCAUGAAUGUGUUAAUGCAAAUGAAUUAGAUAUGAAUAAAACCUUACGUAUAUAACCUCCUGAUGGUUAAUUUGUUGUUAUGAAUUAUAGAAUUAGUGGAGAUUAUGCUGCUCCUUUUAGAUUAUUUCCUAUUAUUGAAGAAAUUUCAUCAUCUAAAAUAGAAGUUACUAUAAAAUUAAAAGCAUGUUUUGAUGCUAAAAUUUUAGCAUCAUAUGCAAAUGUACGUAUUCCCAUUCCAAAAUAAACUGCUAAUGCAUAUCCUGAAUUAUUGAAGAAUGCUUAGUAAGAGACUGCAGAAUAUGAUUCAAAUAAAAAAAUUGUGGAAUGGUAGAUUAAGAAACUAUAAGGUGGUUAAGAAAGAUCUUUAAAAGUAUUUAUAAAUAGUUAUAUAUAUUUUAGAUAAAAUUAACACUAUAAGCAACAUAGACUGCUCAUACAGCAAGAAAAGAGAUUGGUCCUAUUGCUAUGAAUUUUGAAAUACCUAUGUUCAAUGUUAGCAGAUUAUAAAUUAAAUACUUAAGAAUAGAAGAACGAGGCAAUACUACUAAUCCACAUAGAUGGGUGAGAUAUAUUACAUAGAGUAGUUCUUAUGUAUGUAGAAUAUGA